AUGAAUGCUGUUAGCGGGCUGAAUCGCGCGUUAAUGUACGAUAAUUGUCUGAAGAAUCUAGCAAACUGUACUUCGAAGCAAUUGGAACUUUUACAAAAGUUCAAAGAAGGACGAGAAAUGGUGAAUGGCUCAAGUCAUGUUUUGAACGAAUUGAUCUAUAACAAGUUAGUAUUUCUAGAAAAGAGCAGCAGUUUCAUUAAGUACGGUGCAGGUAGCUGACAGAAUGAAGAAAUAAUGUUAAUCAUUUUCAAUAUAUGUAGUCUGUAGUCUUGUAUAUUUAGUGGCGAACAGAAAAAAUUGAGAGAUGUAUAGUUUCAUUCUCUUGUUCAUAAGUUAAUAAGUAUCACUGUUGUACACACGUAAAAAUCUCAGUUUGUCAACAAGAUGUGUUCGCACUGCUUGUUCCAAGUUGUUGACAAGUCUGGACCAAGUUGUUGUCAUCUUAUAACAAGGUUGAUGAGGCCAACAGACUCGCAACAAGUUGUUCGGCUAACAAGUCUGAUAUCAUCUGCACGUAACAAGUUGUUCACAAGUUGAUGACAACAAGCUCGUAGCAACUUUUUACGAACAGCCUGUGUUAGUCUUGUUGGAACAACUUGUAGCAAGUCUGUUACCGUCAUCAACCUUGUAUGACAAGAUGCUAACAAUUUUGUUCCAGACUUGUCACAACAACUGGGAACAAGCAGUGCGAACACAUCCUGAUAUCGACUUCACAACAACUUUGUUUCCAACUUGUUUACAGAUCUGUAACAAAUUGUGCGUUUUUACGCUUGUCAUAUAGUUUACUCUAUCUAAGUUAAAGUUUCGCUUGUUUUGUAGGCAUUGGAGCAGUGUUCUGAUAAUUGAAAUCUUUGCAGUACUUGGUAUAGUUCUCUGUUUUGCUGGUUAUCGACUGCUCAAGGUAUAUAUGUAGUCAAGCGUUGUUUAUACAAGGAGAAUUGCGACGUUAUGAGUGAAGGUCCUUCGUCGCUUGAAACGUCGAAGUUCUCCUUGUAUUUUUCAGGUCGUUGUAUUCCUAUUAAUCUGAAGCUUUCUUAUUAUUGCCACUACCUACACUGGCCAAGACCUUUCAAGCGUUGUUUAUAUCUGAUAACAUCAUUUUGUUUGUAGGCUGUGCUGUUUCUUUGUGGAUUUACUGUUGGCUUCCUCGUUGUGUAUGCUUUCUCUCCUUUGAUAUUUAAAACAAAAAUUUGCUGCGGUGCUGAGGGACAUAGAGCAGGUCAGUUGUGACUGGAAUUUUUAAUCCUCCUCAUCUUGAAAACAAUAGCUAAACUAACUUUAUUUAUACUGGAUAGCUCUAUCAGUUAUAAACUGUUCUUCCUAGAGGUCCAGUAACGAUCAUCUCUUAUUGAUCCAGUGUUACUACAGGAGGAAACCUAAACUAAACUAACUUUAUUUAUACUGGAUAGCUCUAUCAGUUCUAGACUGUUCUUCCUAGAGGUGCAGUAAGGGUCAUCUCUUAUUGAUCCAGUGUUACUACAGGAGGAAACCUAAAUUAAACUAACUUUAUUUAUACUGGAUAGCUCUAUCAGUUCUAGACUGUUCUUCCUAUAGAGGUGCAGUAAGGAUCAUCUCUUAUUGAUCCAGUGUUACUACAGGAGGAAACCUAAACUAAACUAACUUUAUUUAUACUGGAUAGCUCUAUCAGUUCUAGACUGUUCUUCCUAGAGGUGCAGUAAGGAUCAUCUCUUAUUGAUCCAGUGUUACUACAGGAGGAAACCUAAAUUAAACUAACUUUAUUUAUACUGGAUAGCUCUAUCAGUUAUAAACUGUUCUUCCUAUAGGUCCAGUAAGGAUCAUCUCUUAUUGAUCCAGUGUUACUACAGGAGGAAACCUAAACUAAACUAACUUUAUUUAUACUGGAUAGCUCUAUCAGUUCUAGACUGUUCUUCCUAGAGGUGCAGUAAGAAUCAUCUCUUAUUGAUCCAGUGUUAACAGGAGGAAACCUAAACUAAACUAACUUUAUUUAUACUGGAUAGCUCUAUCAGUUCUAAACUGUUCUUCCUAGAGGUGCAGUAAGAAUCAUCUCUUAUUGAUCCAGUGUUAACAGGAGGAAACCUAAACUAAACUAACUUUAUUUAUACUGGAUAGCUCUAUCCAGUUCUAAACUGUCCUCCUUUGAUGUCCAUUAAGAGUAAUCUCUUAUUGUUUCAGCCCCACAAUAAUUCUGAUUUCUUUUUAUUUAGUUCAUCUUGGUCUAAGCGCCAUUGUUGGUGUUGUUCUUGGAGUACUCAGUCUUAAUCUUUAUCGUUUGGGCGUCUUUGCUAUUGGCCAGUGUCUGGGAUUGGUAAGAUUUCGAUCAUUCCGCGUUAUUUUUUAUUCAUUCUUUAUUUCCGUUCAAUAUAGAGAUAACAGAAAUAAUUAUGUGUUUUAGAUUGUUGCUAUUUCAGUUCUGUGCACACCACUGCAUAUUUAUUUUGACAGGUUAGUUUUGAUUUGUCUGGACCAUUAAAUGUGCUAUCCAGUAUAAAUAAAGUUAGUUUAGUUUAGGUUUCCUCCUGUAGUAACACUGGAUCAAUAAGAGAUUAUCCUUACUGGACUUCUAGGGAGAACAGUUUAGAGCUGAUAGAGCUAUCCAGUAUAAAUAAAGUUAGUUUAGUAUAGGUUUCCUCCUGUAGUAACACUAGAUCAAUAAGAGAUGAUCCUUACUGGACCUCUAGGAAGAACAGUUUAGAACUGAUAGACCUAUACAAUAUAAAUAAAGUUAGUUUAGUUUAGGUUUCCUCCUGUAGUAAUACUGGGUCAAUAAGAGAUGACCCUUACUGGACCUAACUGUAAUUAUUGAACUUAAACGGUCUACCUCCAUUAUCGUUGUAGCAAUGUAACAUAUGGUUUGUUUAUGGCAACGUCAUGUUGUAUUUUUGGAUCUCUGUCAUGCAAGUACGAGAAACCCAUUGUUGUCAUGACUACCGCAAGUGGAGGCUCGCUGGUAUUUCUUUAUGGUAACCAGCUGCUUUUUAUACCGACAUUUAUAUCAGUUCACCGUUUGUAUUUUUCAACCAAGUAACAUGAGGUAUAAUUUUUUGGCAUAUCUGUGUUGUUUUUAGGACUUGAUCAUUUCGUCAAGACCAGUUUCUCCGUGGCAAUCGAGAGUUUGCUGUUCAGAAUCAAAGACGUUAUUUUUGAUGGCCUACAUUCGGAAUACACAAACUGGACUUACCACGCCACGGCACUUACUCAUUAUAAAGCUUUGCACUUCGAAGGGAAGG